AUGGAAUUUGCUCUUGGAAAGCAGGCCCUGCAGUCUGGGGCUUCUGCCCUCAACUCAGAGCUUUCUAAAGUUAACUGUGGUGCAUUCAGAAAGUAUUUUGAUGUUACAGAUUCCAAUAUUCUUUCAAAGCUCCUUCUAGUCAUAGUUCCUUUCUACUACAAAGAAGAUUCAUUGAGCAGCUCGCUUUACAAACCCGAGAUGUACAUCCCAUCGAUGUCUAUUAUAACCUUGGUUCUUUUUAAGGGUUUUCUUCUGGGACUGUCCAACAAGUUUCAUCCUGAAAUCCUGGGAAUGACCUUUACAAGAACUAUCAUAAUUCACCUUGCAGUCUGCCUUUUGUACAAGGUCGUUUGCUAUUUCUUCGAUGUUUCAAUUGAUAUAAAAGACCUCUUCUGUUUCGUUGGGUACAAGUUUUUAAUAAUCCUGUUUAUCAAGCUUUUUAGGUUGGUUAUGUUUGGAAAACUAUUGUCCUUGUAUUUUCUAGUUGCACACUUCUUCUUUUUGAGUAGAAGCUUGAAGGGGUCGAUUAUUUCCACAAACUCACCGAAAACUCAUCUUUAUCUUCUCUUUGCGAUUGUGGGAAUGGACGUGCUCAUUUCAUUUUUGAUGUCGUAA